AUGCAUGAGAUCGGACACUGCCUCGGCAUGCACCACACGCAGAAGCGCGCGGAUGGCUCUCAGGAGUAUUUCGGCCACGGUCCGCAUUUAAAAAUGUACUGGGAAAACGUGGCUUCCACCUGGGUCGGGCAGUACACCCCAGAUAACAGACCCUACACGGGCUCGGGCUACGAAGGCGAGGGAGACGUUCACGUGGGCUAUGCUCCCUACGACUUCGAGAGCAUCAUGCACUAUCCGCGCCAAGGGGGGGCUGCAGCGCCUUACUAUGACACCGUGCCAUCGAGCUACAACUCAGUGGUCGGCCAGCGGUGGCACCUUUCGGCAGGUGACAUCUUGCAGAUCCAGGACAUGUAUAACUGCAAGCGCCACCGGUUCCAGGUGCAGGAGUUGCCAACUUCUGAAGCCCCUGAAUGGCUGCUUGCUGAGGUCCGUCAGAUCACAAUAACGACCAGUGCGUGGACAACCGUCACCUUCCAGAAGCCGUUCGGAGAAGUAACAGUGCGAAUCGCGCUCCAGAACGAUCGCUGCAACAGCAACUGA